AUCUCACUUCCUCCGAAGCGCCGCUUCCUUCCCCACUUUCCCCUACUUCUCCCACCGUCGUUCUCCUUUCGACUUCUGAGGAGAGAUGAAAUGGGGAAGGAAGCAGGUGAAGCAGAAGCGGCAGCGAGAAGGGAAGAUGAACUCGAGUUCCAGCUUUUCCAUUUCCAACGUCCUUCCACUUUCUUGGUUUACGAAGCUAAGGAAUUUGAGUUCCAAGCCCAAACCCCCGCCUACCAACCCCAAGCGAAGCCCCGGACCCGUCUCCUUUCCGCCGCCGCCACCUUCUCCUCGCCAACCCUCCGACUCCGACCACCUCUCCUUCUCCCCCGCCGUCCUCGACCAGCUGAUCGCCCGAUUCCCCGCUUCCUUCCACGACGCCGGCAACGCCCCCCGUCGGCGAUCCAUCGGAGAGGAUGACACCCUUCUCGCUCGAGACAGGACGACUCACCGGCGAGGAAUCUCCCGAUCCGCCCGGCAUAAUUUGGUGGGCCAGCUCGAGUUCAGGCCACCGCGUUGGUUCUCCGAUCCCCGAUCGGAAUUGCGCGUCGCCGAGUCGCAGCCGCUAGGCCGCCUGAUCCCCUUCUCGAGGAGGUCGUCCCGGCGAUGGUCCCGGAAUCUCGAGCCUGCCUCAGAGAGCGAGAAGCCCGAGAGCGAUGCCGCUCGGGUGCGGCGGCGGCGGCGGCGGAGGAGGAUCAGGAGGAGAAAAGCGGGAAGAGAAGACGACGGGGCUUCGGAUGAAACGGUGGGGCUUGCGGCGCUGAGGACGAAGCCUUCUCUGGCCGGUGAUACCGAUCGGACGUCGCAGAAUCGUGGCGGGGGAGAUGGGAGGAAGUCGUUCAGCGGGAGGAUCCGGCCCAAGGUUAGGGUUUGUUCCCCGCGGCCGUCGGUGGCAUCGAGGGCGGAGAUGGGAAGGAUUAAGGCGGAGACAGCGCGGAGGAGGGUGGAGGCGGUGGACAAACCGGGGCGGUUGGAGAGCUUCGCGGUGGUGAAGUGCUCGUGCGAUCCGCAGAAGGAUUUUAGGGAAUCGAUGGUGGAGAUGAUAUGGGAGAAGGGGAUCGGACGGCCGGAGGAGCUCGAGAGCCUGCUGGCGUGCUACCUGUCGCUCAACUCGGACGAGCACCAUGACGUUAUAGUAAAAGUUUUCCGGCAAGUGUGGUUCGACCUGAACCCGGAGCGGUUCAGCUCUCACCGCUUCGAUGGCUAACCGCUGGUUGUUGGUUAGGAAUAGGCUAGCAUAUUUUGUACCCCUGGCUCGUUUAGUUUCUUGAUCUACUACUUUAGCUUCUCUCUGUUUACGAUAAAGAUAAGAAAGAUGAUGGGGUCCAGUUUUCAGUAA